AUGCAGAGUGAGAUGGCUGUGAAGAAAAUCGGGUUUGGAUUUGGUUCCAUUCGUUGUGUUUAUUUGGCUGCCCUAUUUACUGCUGUUCAGCCACGUGAAUCCUUUGCAAUUUCUUGGAGGGUGGUACAAAUGGUUGUUUUUAGCACAAGUAUUGGCAUCACCUGCAAUGCAAAGACGGCUGAAAUGGGCAUAAAUUAUUUGAAAUUGGCGAAUGCCAGUCAAAUUGGAAUUGGAAUCUAUAAUAUAUAUGAGUGUAGUCAAGUAUACAGGAUACAAAUGAAGCAAAAUGUGGGAAAAGAGUGGUAUCAUAUUGACUAG